AUGGCCGAACACCAUGAAACCCCCCAGUUCGUCAUCUGGUUAUUGGUGGGAGGCUUUGCCGCCUUCUCCAUCGGUGUAAUGGCCCGGGACAUAUACUGCAAAUGGCGCCAGACAGAAUCCGGAGUCAAGUUCCUUAACUGGUGCGUCUCGGCAAAAGACAGCACACAAGCUUUCCUGGACUGGCGCAAUAUCAGCACCUGCUUCCGCCGCCGCAGCCGCAGCCCCGAGCCAGAUGCCGAGAAGGGCGAGGCGUCUGUCGAAAUGGGCGAUGUGUCUGCCGAAAUGGGCGAGACGCCCAAGGGCAACGGCGGCGUCGUCGCUCCCAUGCCCAUGCCCAUGCCGGCACCCAAGGCCUUGGACAGAAACAGCACCCCCACCACCAAUAAGAAGACCGGCCACGGAGCCCGCCACUUCAACAAAGUCCGAUCCGCGGAUGACGCCGCAGCGCGGGACCCGACUCGGACGCGCCCCUUACUGCCGCCUCUCCUCGGCGUCUCCACCUCGCGCCCCCCGCGCAUCCCUCGCCUCGAGUUCGAAGACCACGGCACCGGGUACUUGGCGCCGCCGCCGAGCCCGAGCUCCGACGCGCAGGAGGGGUGGAAGAAGGCGGAGCUCCGGGGGAAGUGCUCGCGGGGGAUUCGGGCCGCGCAUCUACGGGAUUCUCGGUCGUCGUUGCGGGGCCGGUAG